AUGGACUCAGCAGAGGCCAUGCGAGCCCAGCUACGCCUCAUUAACCGGCGACUAGACGAGGUGCAACAGGAGGUUCGCGGAUCAAAGGGAGAACCUGGGGCAGACAGACAUCAAGGGUCCCCGUUCGCCCCCGAGAUACAAGAUCAAGCGAUUCCACCCCAUUUCCGGCUCCCUUCGCUGGACGCAUACGAUGGCACAGUUGACCCGGCGGACCACGUAGCCGCUUUCCGCGCCCAGAUGGUGCUGUACGGGACCGCUGACGCCUUGAUGUGUAGGGCGUUCCCAACGACUCUGCGGGGGCUGGCCCGCGCGUGGUACUGCAGCCUGAAGACCGGGACCAUCACCUCCUUCGAUCAGCUGGCCAGGGAUUUCGAGCUCAACUUCCUAGCUUACGCUCGACCGAAGCCAUCUGCGGCGUUGCUCCUUGGGCUCAACCAAAGGGAGGACAAGCCCCUCUCCCAUUUUGCUUUCAUGAUGGGCCUGCGGCCUACCAGGUUCUUUUGGUCCCUCAUGGAGCGACCCCCCACCGCGGUACCUGAGAUGCUGCAGCGAGCAAGCCAGUUUAUCGCCGCGGAAACAUGGAUGGCCGGGAGGCGUGAGGAACACAAGAGGGUCAAGUCGGAGCAACCCCGACCGCAACAGCCCACCGCGUCCUGGAGGAGGUUGGACCGGCCCGACCUGCCCACACCAAGGCCCCCUCUCCCCAUUUUGAACUCGUCCCGAACAGAAAUAUUCCUCCACAUAAGGGAGAAGGGGCUACUCAAAGAGCCUCACCCGAUGAGGAGCCCGCGAGAGCUUGCAGACCGAUCAAAAUAUUGCCGCUUCCACCGACAGCAUGGGCAUGACACUGAACAGUGUCGGGAGCUAAAAAGGCAAAUUGAGGAGCUCAUCCAUAGAGGGUAUCUGGGCUAG